GCGGGCUUUGGCCGCCCCGGCUCGGCAGGCGGCGCGGCGCAGCGGAGCGGAGCGCAGCGGGGCCGCCGCUGCCGCCAGGAGAUCCCAGCAAGAUGCCCCGGGUAGACGCAGACCUCAAGCUGGACUUUAAAGAUGUCCUGCUCAGACCCAAACGAAGCAGCCUCAAAAGCAGAUCCGAGGUUGACCUCACGCGCACUUUCACCUUCCGCAACUCCAAGCAGACGUACACGGGAAUUCCCAUUAUAGUGGCAAACAUGGACACUGUGGGGACGUUUGAAAUGGCUGUGGUUAUGGCUAAACAUGCAAUGUUCACUGCAAUUCACAAGCAUUAUUCUCUGGAAGAAUGGAAACUGUUUGCUGCCAAUCACCCAGAAUGCCUUGAGCACGUAGCAGCAAGCUCAGGUAGUGGAAAAGCUGAUCUGGAUAAAUUAACAAGCAUUCUAGAGGCCAUCCCACCUAUCAGAUACAUCUGCUUGGAUGUGGCAAACGGCUAUUCAGAACAUUUUGUGGCAUUUGUGAAGUCUGUCCGUGCCCUGUUCCCAAAUCACACCAUUAUGGCAGGCAACGUGGUGACAGGAGAAAUGGUAGAAGAACUUCUUCUUUCUGGAGCAGACAUUAUUAAAGUGGGUAUCGGACCAGGUUCUGUGUGUACCACUCGGAUUAAGACAGGGGUGGGCUAUCCACAGCUAAGUGCUGUUAUUGAGUGUGCAGACUCAGCACAUGGCUUGAAAGGACAUAUCAUCUCUGAUGGAGGAUGCAGCUGCCCAGGAGAUGUCGCCAAAGCGUUUGGAGCCGGUGCUGAUUUUGUCAUGCUUGGAGGGAUGUUUGCAGGCCACGAUCAGUGUGCUGGAGAGAUUAUAGAAAAGAAUGGCAAGAAGGUGAAACUAUUCUAUGGGAUGAGCUCUGAUACAGCCAUGAAGAAGCAUGCAGGAGGUGUUGCUGAAUACAGGGCUUCAGAGGGCAGAACUGUGGAGGUACCGUACAAAGGAGAUGUGGAACUCACCAUCCUGGACAUCCUUGGAGGGCUGCGCUCUACCUGCACCUACGUGGGAGCUGCCAAACUCAAGGAACUGAGCAGGAGAACAACAUUCAUCCGGGUCACCCAGCAGCACAGCCAGGUCUUCUCAUAGCCCAGGAUGGGGGGACUGGAGAGAGAUGGGAGGAGAAGAGCAGGAAAGGUUGCUGGUCUGUUUUGAUUUCUCCUCCACAUUGCGUUAGUGGCAAACUCCUCUCUCUAUGAAUGGCAGUCUCAUAGCCUUUGGUGGCUUGGAUUUGGAAGGGGAAGGCUGUACUGUUAACACAGUGCCAUUGGUUCAAAAUGCAAUAGCCUCAUCUUUUACUGUGCCUGAUUUAUUUUUUAAUCAACAUUUCUUCGUCUGUUCUUUCUCCUCUGAUAAAUAGUCGCUGAAACCUCAGUUAGCAAGGAAUUGGCUUGUACAGACAUGGCUGUUGCACCUGCACACAUUCACAUAUUCCCUCUGUUAAGACUGACCUGUCAGCUACCAUUGCUUCUGACAGUGCACCCUCCAGAGAAAAAGCUACAAGGAAUUGAGUGGAGAAAUCAAAAAUCAAAUUGUCUUCACCUUUCCUCUGGCAGAAUGUUGGAUGCUUGUGGCAGGGCUGCCAGCCUGCAGGAUGUCAGAGGUGGGUGAGGCUUGGCUACCGUUGGCUUCUUGCUGUGAUGAUAAAAAUGCCAGAUGUCUUUCACUCUCUGUUCACAGGGCCAUUUUUACUGCCAUUUUUACUGAAACCUCUCCAUGGACCAGCCUCUGCAGAGAAGCUGGCACUGAGUGUAGCAACCCCAUGCUGUCUUGCCUGCCCCUGUCUGUGGAGAUCAUUCAGGAGAGAACAUCUCAGAGCUUGCCUGCUUUACGUGCAUGCAGUAAUUGUGUUGUGUGGGUUGCUGCUUUCCCCUGUGCUCUGUGAUCAGAUUUUUAAGACAUAGAAACUCAGCAACAGUAAACUCACCGAGGGGAGGUUUCUCCACAGCCCUCCCUGCUCCCAUUUAAGUUUUCUGCAUUCAUGUCCGUUUAGCAGAGAUGUGAAAAUGUUGUGCUGUGCAUUGCCUGUGGCCAGGAGAACGAGGUCCAAUGGAGGAAUCAAAUUCACUCUUAGCUACUUGGUACCACUCCUUUGCAAUCCUUGACAAUGUGAAAAGCAAAAAGGAGCUUUCAGCAGAGGUGCCUGAUUGCAGGACACUGGUAGGCCAAGAUUGAAUUAAAGCAUUUGUUCUAACAGCAGUAAUGAAUGUUUAAGGCUCUGGAUAACACUUUAUGGCCCACUAAUUAAUUGAUAAAUCACAGUGAAAUUUCUUUGGAAAUACACAUUGCAUCCACAUGAAUACCACAGUAGCUCGUUAUGAUAAAUGAUGUAAAAGUGAACAGCAAUGAAUUAAUAAUGCUUGGCCACUUACUUUGAAGUGCUGCUGAGAUCAUAAUGCAGCUGUUGUUACCUCAGUACUUCAGAGCCUUACUUUUCCCUCCUGCAGGUAUCUGUGGAAAGAGGCAGGCUUCCUUUGAAAAGCAAAUGAGUGAUCUGUAGGAAGAGGAAUAGCAAAGAGAAUCUCCAGAAUUUGGCUCAUUUGAGGGACUUCUCAAAAAGCCGUGCACGAGUAUUGGUACCACUGGCCAUUGUGAGAGCAUAUCUAGGCCACAAACUGAUGCCCAGUGAGUUUUAAGUCUGUUGUGCACAUUAGGAGAGGCUCAGUAGAUCUUCUAAAAGGCCUAUUUUAAACGUCUUCCAUUAAACAUGUAGGACUAACUCUUAAUUGUGAUAUGACCCUUUCAUUUGUUUUGGAGAUGAAUAAGGGCCUUCGUGUGAGCACAGGUUACACCCAUGCUGAGUUUGAGAACCAUCUUUCCUGCUGGAUCUCGUACAGGAAUCUGAAUGUAGAAGAGAUGCAGACCCUAUGGUAAAGGGUUUGAUCUCUGCUCCCUCAAGCCUGACUGCGUCCUGUUUAGAAGAUGCCCAAUUUCUUUAUCACAAAUCCUGCUCUCACCCUCACUAAGCCUGGAGUACAGGCAGCGUUACUCUCUGUGCAUCAGUGCAACUGUAGGAGGUCACCAUUCCUUUAUGUACAUGACGUGAAGUGUAGGGUGUAAAGGCAAAUGAACACCCCUGUGAGGAGCAGGAUUAGACCACGUCAGGCUGUCACGUUGCAGGCCUGCCCACAGAUGUGUCUCUGCACUCGUGCCUUCAUACGUGGGACAUGCAGCAGUGUGCUGGUCUCAUGCCUACACUCACUAUUGCUUUUCUACUUUUUUUUAGCUACAUUUCUAAACGAAAGUUGAGAAAUACAUAGACACAAAGGAUAUAUAUUUGUAAACAUUUUUCUAAAAAGAUCGGAGCACUGAACAGAGCAGCUUUGUGACAUCUCUGUCAAACACUUUCUUUUUCCAAAGGACCAGUGCUGGGGUAAUGGGGGGCUGCUCCCUGGGCAUGCUGUGUGCUUAGCACAGCCACGUGCACCUUUCUCUGACCAGUGCCAAUAGGAAAAGGUGAGAGUAGAUUGGUAUUAAGAGGUGUUCCCAGUUCUCCAAUGACACUGACAGUAUGAGUGAUGACUGGUAAAGCUUAAGGUAUUUGGUUUUCUGAAUAGCAGCUGUUGCCAUCAUUUUGAGAAGCAGUUCCUGUUCGUUUUCUCCUUCUGUCUCCAGAGAGAGCUGCAGAAAAGCUGAACCUAUGGCAUGGCUGUAUCUCCCCCAGAAGUACAUAUUACUUUCGUUCAGAGGCUGUGCUCCCCCAAAUCAGCCCACCCUGCAUAUGGAACAAAGACAAGGUGGAGCCCUCAUUUAGCACCCAGCCCUGUGCCUCCUCAUUUGCCCUUGUAUUCUCGCAGCCCCAGGUACUGUGCCCUGCACAAACCCACAGCCACUUUGGCAAGGAACUGGGGUGUGCUGUGCCUGGUGGGAUGGUCCAGGCUGAGACCACAAAAUGCCAUGUGCCAUUUGCAGAUCUACCUCACCUGCACAUUUUACCUGGUUUUCUGUUACUUGUUGCCCUUCUGUGGAACAUCUGUACCAUUUUUUAACUGCUUACUGUUGGGUGAUUCUGCUUGACCUGGUCUUCUUUAACCCUGCCACCUCAGCCCCAUGCUGUCUCCCCACUAGAGGAACAUGGGAGAUGAGCAGCACUGUAGGCCAAGUCACACCUGCUUUCCCCAGCCAGAGAAUUGCUAAGCUGAGCACACAAGAGCAGUGUUGAGGUGUGGCUCCACUGGCUCCACAGUGAUUGAAUUGGGUACACCAAAAUUUGUAAACAGAGAUGAAAAAGGCCACGUUACACUAUUCAGACAAGGCUGGCAGUAUUCUGCCAGAUGCAGAGCAAGCCAUGUGAGCUCUUGUUUCUGAAAGAAAUGAGUGCGUGCGCUCAGUAGGCACUUGGCUCCCUCUUGGGCCAUGCUCUUCUGUGCACCUUUCUUCUCUCCUCAGGGCAUGGAGUUGAAUGUAGGAUGUGGGGGACCCUGCAAGUGUGAGGAGUUGGGCAGGAGGAGCCUCUGCUUACUUUUGGAGGAGCGUUUCUCAUGCAAGUGUGACUGCAUCUUCCUUUCUGCCAGUCAGUUGCCAGGGAGAAGGGAUUGGGGGAGAGCAAGAAGCAGGGCAGCAAUUAGCCAGACCUCAGUGUGCUGGGAUGGGAUUUUUCAGACCUGGUCACUUUGAGAGUCAAAGCCUUUUCUGAACCAAGCACUCCCUUUGCUUCAUUUGGGGUCUUUCAGAUGCCCUGUCUAGCAUUGACUCGACACCUUGUGUACUGUUGUUGAAGUUCUCACACGUAAAUAAAUAGUCUAGAACUCCUCGGUGUUGCCUGCGGCAGCUGUAAAAAGCUUCUAUGUGAUGAGCCACGCAGAGUUGCUCAGCCUUAGCCAUUUCCCCGGCCCACGCCGCACUGCUGAGAUGCUGAUGGCACAUCUGCCCUGCCUGCAGCCAGCCCGUGUCUGCGAUGCCUGCAGCGCCAGGGGCACAGUCAAGUAUCGCCUUUGGAAACUGUCCGUGGCAAGUUUUGUUAUGCAAUAAAGAGCUUCACUCCAAAAGUCUGAGAAGGUUUUAUGCCGUGCGCGGUGCAUUCCUGGGGGGGGGAAAGGAAACGGGGCAGAGGGCUUUCAGGGGAGUGCGAUGCCACACUCAGCUGCUGCUCAUAAAGACGAAGCACGCGUUUGCAAUUGGCACUGUUAUUUUAUUAGUACGAGUAUACUGAAACAAUAAACUUGUACUGGUAUACAGACAAUUUAUUUAAAACAAUUUUGUUCAAAUUUUGAAUCAAACAUUGUUUUAUUAUAAUAAUGAAAUAAUUUCUACCUAGAAAACCUGCAAGCACCAUCAAAGAAAGGGACCAUAAAAUUCAAUAAACAGACGCGAGUGUAUCCUACAAAUAGACACACCACCAUUAGAAAAUAGAAUAUGAAUUCUUCCAUUUUUUUUUUUAAUAUUUGUUUUAAAAAAGCUAGUGCAAGUACAAUAUUUUACACUGGAAUUACAGAGAGUAUGCACGCAUAUGGAAAAAAGUUCUCCUGUCACAAUAAAAGCUCUUAACUAUGUCUGUAUGCACUUAAAAUCUUCUCCUCUUUUCAAUAAGGUGCAAAACGUUAUUCCCUCCCUAUUUCUCCUUUGUACUGGCCAUGUCAGCUCGAUUUCUCCCCACCACAAAGCUGCGAUGUCCCUUUUACUGGGCCUACGCUAGGAACUACGCUGGAAGUGUGAUUUGCAACAACCCUCAUGAGUAAUACCAAAUGAGAAGAAAAAAACCAAACGAACAAAAAUAAAGGACCUCAGAAAUGCUGAAGAAUGGCAGACCCUCACCCGGCAAGGCCCCUGGCCGAGCGCCUUUGCAGCCGGCCCCAGCCCCCCGGCUGCCAGCACGGUGACAUAGCUAGUACAAAACGGUUUUCAGUAGCUCACCCGAACUGAAAAAGGUUGGGAAACCCCUGCCUGUAACCCUGCCCCCACCCCCCUCUUUUUAACACUGCAAAAAGAACAGUGUUCAACAAGUUAAUAUAUUAUUCAAAAAAAAAACAAAAAAAAGAGCAAAUAGAUAACAUUAGUGAGUUUCAACAUUAGCUGACUGUCGUGAGAGGUUGUAUGUACGCCCUAACAGAUUAGUAACUUUGCGAAGAGGCCGGCCCAAUGGCCAGGCAGAGAUGCCAAUGUAGCCACCUGCAGCUGCCCUCAGCCCAUGCUCACACUCAGCUCCCAGACCCACCCGCCGGCUCAGACAGUUCUGCAGACCGCUUUUGUAGGGAGAGCAAUGGGUCCUCGGCUCUUACAGCAAAGCCCCGGGGGAUCCCCGCCUCGGCUGACAUCGCGAGGCCGUGGGUCCGGCCCUGGGGUUUUUGCAUGUCAGCAAUCCAGCAGUACAGCAACGACAGCUCAACGCGUGACUUAACGCCUGCUGCACACAGCGCUUCCAAUGCAUGCCUACUGCAUGGGCGAGGGGAAGGGUGCAGGAGCUUUGACCGCUUGAAACAGAAGCAAACGAAAAAAAAAACAACCUUGGUGAAGCCUCCGUAAAAUCCUCAGUGGAAGACUUGAGUCCUUUCAGAUAACGACAAGAAAAAAAAACAAAACUACAGAAACCUUAGAGACUGUUAUUGUAUAAAUACUACCUAUUGGCUGAAUGCACUUCAUUGUAACGCAACUGGGGCCGUUCCUCCUGGUUCGGGGACACCUGGGCACAGCGGUCACCGCAUUGCAGGGGAUGGGGGCGCUCUGGGACGCCGCCCCACCGCCGGCCGCCAGCUGCCCAGCUCGAUCUUUGGACUAGAAAGAGACCCUCUCCUCAAAAAUGGCUCCAGGAUUCUCUCCUUUGGGCUUCUGGAAAACAAACACCGGUCUCUUAAGCAACCGAGAUCAUCACUGGAAACCUGUCUGGUGUGUCUGCUCCCGGCAGCGGGGAGAGGGGGCAGUGGAAGGGGCCCGAAGGCCACGUGGCCUCGGGCACAGCCCUGCUGCUGGUACUGGGCUAGGAUCCCUUGUUAUAAACACUUCUUGCUCAGGAUUAUACUCUUUGGGUUUCGUCUGGAACAGGAAGUGCUGAAAAGAAGUGGAACAGCAUCCCAGAGAGAGGAAAAAACGGGAGCGAGAGGCUUCGGGCGAGAUCCCGAGGGCAUCGCCAGGCCUCCCCCAAACCAGCCCUGUCCCUCGGUGCAGGCAGGAGGGACCGCGAGCCAAAUCCCACAGCAGAGCCACCCUCCGAAGUGCCCGGCAGCCGCACUCGAGAACUGCUGCUCCAAGGUGUGUUUUCAGCACAGGAAUAAACAGUGUGAAGCACGACUCCGCUCCCCAGAAACGGGACCCAUGUAGUACGAACAGAAAAUUAAGCACAGUUGUUCUUUAAGAGCCUUUUAAGUAAUAAUUCUUCCUGGCCAAAGCCAAUACAAAUCAGAUCAUCUAGACAUGACAAUUUCUAUAUACAAAAAACAUGUAACUUUCAACCUUUCUCUGCUUUUGUAUUUAAAAACUUUUUUUUUUUUUUUUUUUACAAA